GGUCCUGCUGCUGUGACGUCUGUCUGUCAAUAUUUGCAUUGUGGUUAACGAUCAGUAAAUCAGUGUGAUCUCCAUUUUAGCUCUAAACAGACACAAAGUGUCCUCACAGGAGACAACAGGAGACAACUAGAGACAACAGAAGACAGCAGAUAUGCUGCCAGCUCUGACGUCGGCUCUCUGCACUCUGCUCAUCUGCUCUGCACUGAUCGAAUGUACAGUGUUCCUGGAUCAGCUGUCAGCAGGUCAGAUCCUCCGCUCGCCCUCCAGGAGGCGUCGAGCCAACUCCUUCUUCCUGGAGGAGAUGCUACCAGGAAACCUGGAGAGGGAGUGUUACGAGGAGACCUGCUCUCAGGAGGAGGCCGCCGAGAUCUUCCAGACCAAAGAGAAGACGCUGGAGUUUUGGUAUAAAUACAAAAAUCUGAACCCCUGUCGGACCAACCCCUGCCUGAACGGCGGGAUCUGCACUCUGGACCGAGGACAGUUCACAUGUCUCUGUCCUCCUCAGUAUCACGGCAAGACCUGUGACUCAGAGGUGUUGGAGUGUCGCUACAGAAACGGCGGCUGUUUGCAGUACUGCAGAGACCUGCCGGGUGGAGCCGGGGUCCAGUGUGGCUGCGCUGACGGAUACAAACUGGAGCCCGAUGGACGCAGAUGCUCGCAGACCGUGUCGUUCCCCUGCGGUCGUCAGCAGAGUGAGUUUCUGUACCAAGGUCGCUCUCUGUGGAGUCCCUCUGAGCAGGACAAUGCCACCACGGAGACGGACGCCGUGUUGGACGCCAACAGCACAGACAGCUGGGAGCCUAUACUCAACUUAACAGAGACAGAAGAAGAGGUGGUGACAGCAAACGCAACGCCUGGACGGAGAGGAAGGAAUAAGACCGAGCUGAUGGAGGAGGUGACACCUCGCAUCGUGGGCGGAGUCCUGGAGAAACCAGGAGGGAGUCCGUGGCAGGUUCGGAUCUGCAGGUCUGAUGGUUAUGGUUUCUGUGGGGGGACUCUGGUCUCUGACCGUUGGGUGGUCACUGCUGCUCACUGCUUCGAGGAGACUGCAGACCACGUUAACAUAGGAGACUUUGAUAAGCAGCGUCCUGAUCCAGGUGAGCAGUUGAUAAAGGUCCAGAAGGUCUUCGUUCACCCUCACUUCCACUCCUUCACCUUCGACAGCGACAUCGCUCUGCUGUACCUCGCUCAGCCCGUCGUCAGGGGCCCCACCGCCAUCCCCGUUUGCCUCCCCGACCCCCACCUCUCCAGCUACCUGCUGCAGGAGGGUAACCGGGGCGUGGUGACGGGCUGGGGGGCCACUCAGUACCUGGGCAGAUCCUCCCGCUUCCUCAGGAAGGUGGCGCUCCCUGUGAUCCGCUUCCGAGACUGCACCGCAUCCACUGAACAGGUGAUCACAGACAACAUGUUCUGCGCAGGUUACCUGGAGGCCAGCAUCGACGCCUGCAGCGGGGACAGCGGAGGGCCCUUCGUGGUGAACUACAGAGAUACCUGGUUCCUGACCGGGGUGGUCAGCUGGGGGGAGAAAUGCGCCGAAAAGGGGAAGUACGGAGUUUAUACCCGACUGGGGAACUUCCUGAACUGGAUCUGGGACACCAUGGCGAGACCAGAUAUCAACGGCACCAGUCACUAGCUGUGAUUUGAUUGGCUGAGCACUGAGCGGUCAUGUUUAACGCCUGGUGCUGUAGAGAACAUCCCUCUCACGUGACUCUAAACGUUCCCACAGCUGCUUCUGAGUUCUUCUUUUUCUUUUUAACAGAGAAGUUUGUGUUUUAACAUUUUGCCAAAGAACGAUGAAGUGACGCACGAUGAUUAGUUUCUACUUCUGUCGCCUUCAGCUCACCGUCCUCAGUGAUCAGAGAAGAUUUUCUCACUAAAGUCUUUAAAACAAUGAGAAUAAUGAAAAAUGUUGUCAGUUAAACUCAAAACUUUUCAGAAAAUGAGACAUUUCUUUGCAAAACGUGUUUAUUUCAUAUCAUUAAUAAGAUGAUUCAUGUGAGUGUAAAAUAAAAUAAGCUACGUCUCAGAGGA